UGAGAGUCCACAUUUCCAGGAAUACUUGAUCAGAAAUCAGUCUCCAUUUCAUGGUACCAGUGAAUUGGAGUCACCUGGCAAUAGUUACUUACUCCCCACUCCUUCCUGGUGAUAAAAAUGGACCAUUCUCUUCGAAGAUAGUGAGAGUCCACAUUUCCAGGAAUACUUGAUCAGAAAUCAGUCUUCAUUUCAUGGUACCAGGAUCUACACAGAUUACUGGAAGAUGAUACUUCAUAUCCCACUUUCUGCAUGUCACAGAUGAAGAAGCCAAAAGUUAAAGAAGCUGAUCAGUUGGAUGAGGAAUACAUAACUGAAAAAUGGCAAAGUUUUAGGUAUACUUUUUCCUCUACAAGAAUCUCAGUAUUGAAGUCAUGGGAGAUAGAAACAAUGUCACUGAAUUUAUCCUCAUGGGUCUAUUCAAUAAUCAAGAUUCAAUAGUCAAGCAAGUCUUUUUUAUUCUUUUUUCAUUUUGCUAUCUUAUGAUCUUGCUGGGAAAUUUUUUCAUCCUGACCACCAUCAGAUAUAGUCAACUCAAUGAACAGCCCAUGUACUUUUUCCUCAGUUACUUUUCCUUCCUUGAUGUCUGUUUCACCUCCACUGUUGCCCCAAAAUUGAUUGUGGAUUUAUUGGCUUACAAAACGACUAUCUCCUACAACAACUGCAUGGCCCAGAUGUUCUAUGCUCAUUUCUUUGGUGCCACAGAAAUUUUCAUCUUGGUGGCAAUGGCCUUUGAUCGCUACGUAGCCAUCUGCAAGCCAUUACAUUACAUGGUCAUCAUGAGUAGACAGGUAUGCCGUCUUAUUGUGAUGGCCUCUUGCAUAGGGGCAUUCCUUCAUUCAAUCAUGCAGGUGUUGAUUGCUAUUCAGCUGCCUUUCUGUGGCCCCAAUAAAAUAGACCACUAUUUCUGUGAUGUCUUUCCUUUGCUAAAGCUGGCCUGUACAGACACUUUCUUCAUUGCUAUUGUGAUAAUUAGUACCACUGGCAUGCUGUCUAUUUUGACCUUUGUUGCCUUGAUUAUUUCUUAUAUCAUCAUUCUGACUACUUUGAGGACUCAAUCCUCAGCGGGUCGGCGCAAGGCACUCUCCACCUGUGGAUCACACAUUACUGUGGUCAUCAUGUUCUUUGUGCCCCUCAUCUUCACCUAUGUGCCUACUGGCAAUUCUGUCAAUGGAGAUAAGGUAUUUGCCCUCUUUUAUACCAUUAUUGCUCCCAUGUUCAAUCCUCUCAUCUAUUCAUUUAGAAAUACUGACAUGAGGAAUGCCAUGAAGAAAGUUUGGUUAGAAAAACUUUUUCACAAAGGAAAGUGAACUCUGGAAUAAAUGAUCUGGUUUUAAACACAAAGUAUUACCAAGUACAAGAGAGGAAUUUUCCACCACUAAGUGGACUGACAUAGAGAUAUUCCUAAAGUCCAAUCAAUCUGAGCUGUUGUCUGAAUUGGCAAGACUAGUUAUUCCUUUUUAUCUGUCUAAUUUAUUUACUUUUAUUUCCAACAUUUUCCACAUAUGUCCUCCUUUCUACUUACACAGAUUUCACUCUAUUACACAUUUGGACUAUUGUAAAAAUCUAUAUUCAUUAAUUGAGUUUUUUAUGCAUUUCAAUUCAUCCUUCCCUCUAAAUUCAUCUUGGUGGCAAUGGCCUGUCUCUGCCCCUGUCUCUGUCUUUCGGUCUUGCGCUCUCUCUCUC